AUGCAGCUGGAGGCACUGCAGCAGAAACACCGAGCCUUAGAGGAUAUGGCUAAGUUGAUGGAGGUGAGAUUAGGGUUUAGGGAUAUGGCUAAGUUGAUGGAGGUGGUGCCGUGCCCCUGGAGGCCCCGCAACGACAAAGAGAGACAGCUCCUUGAGGCCCAGGCCGAGGCAGUAACCCUAGUGCAGAAGCUGAACGAAUCUAUCCGAGCCCAGAAGAGACUGGCGGGGGAGAAGGCGAAGCUGCUGAGGGCCCUGCUACAGGAGAGAAGCAGCAAGAGCAGCAGCAGCAGCAGCAGCAGCAGCAGCAGAGCUCUCCAGCUUGCUGCUGCUGCAUGCCUUAGCUACCAAGAAGAAGCAGAAGCUGCCCAGCAGCGACUGGAGGCCCUGGAAGGGGACAGACGGCGGCUUGAGGCGGAGCUGGCAGCAGCAGAAGCUGCAGCAGCAGCAGCAGCAGCAGAGCAGCAGCAGCAGCAGGAGCAAGCCCUUUCUGCUGCUGCAGCAAGAGAAGCCCAGCUGAUACAGGAGACACAAGAAGAGAGACAGAGAAGAGCAGCAGCAGAGAGACAGCUCGCUGAGGCACAGGGGCGAGCGGAGACACUUCAGGCGGUUCUAUCAACUCUAGAGGGGAAGCAGCAGCAACAGCAGCAGCAGCAGCAAGUGCUGAAACAGCUAGCUGAGUCACAAGCCCAGCUAGCUGCCCUCAGGGAGCACUCGCAGGCCCUAGAGGCCCUCGUUAAGAAGACGGGGAUGCGGGUGCAGGAGCUGGAGGGCCUGCAGCAGCAGCAGCAGCAGCAGCAGCAGCAGCAACAGCAGCAGCAGCAGCAACAGCAGCAAGAGCAUGAAUCCCUGCGCGAAGAAGCAGAAGCAUUGAGGAUUCGUUGUGCUGCUGCUGAGCUGCAGGUUGAGCUGCAAGAGAAAGAGAGACAAAAGGAGACACUCAUGCUGCAGCAGCUGCUUCAGCAGGCGGAGGAGCGUGCUGCUGCACUGCAGCAGGCCCUUUUAAACCGCCGUCUGAGCAGCAGCAACAACAGCAGCAGCAGCAGCAGCAGCAGCAGCAGCAGCGGCAGCAGCAGCAGGUCUCCUCUGGGGUCUCCUCCAGGAGGAGACAGCCCCGGCAGCACGAGGAGACGAAGAGACAGUCUCCAAAGGGCCCUCCAGUCAGCUGACGCGGCUCUGGCGAAGGCUGUGGUGUAUGUACACCGCAGCAAGCUCAACAGCGACAGAGACAAGAAGGGAGUGGCAGCUGCAGCAGCAAAAGGGGGGCCCGCAGCAGCAGCGGAAGGGGCCCCCACCAGUACACACUGUGGGGAAGGGGGGCCCCCAAAGAUGCCAACGUCAGACUCUGCGGCCUCGAAAGGACCCACUGAGGCUGGAAAGAGCGGCAAAGGGGCCCCCCCAAGGCCCCCCGGGGGGCCCCCCGAGGGGCCCCCGGGGCCCCCCAAGCCCCCUGUAGCGGCUCCCUCAACACAGACACCGCAGCAACUCAAGCAUCAGGGGGCCCCCGACACAGGUAGCAGCUGCGCAGUACCCCAGGGGCCACCGAAGGGGGGCCCCCCAGGUUACAGCAAGGGGCCCCCCUCAGAUAAACCCCCAGGAGAACCGCCACAGGGGCCCCCAAAGAGGCCCCCAACAGAACACCCAGAAGGGCCCCCAGAAAAUAUUAGAACAGGGGGCCCCCCAAAGGGCUCCGAGGGGCCCCCCGGGGGGCCCCCAGCAAAUGCUUCAGAGAGCCCUGCAGCGGUUCCCGUGGGGGGUUCAGUGGGCCCCCCUCCGAACAAGCCCAUGGAGGGGCCCCAGGGGCCCCCCAAGAGGGUACCCGAGGGGCCCCCAGCAAAGGGACUGGCGGGGCCCCCCAAGAUUCCUCCAGCGGGGGUGACGGGGAAACCCUCAGGGGGGCCCCCCCCUAAACCCCCCGAAGGUGUAGCAGCAAAGCAAAGCCAAGGGCCCCCAAAGAAGCCCCCUGAAGGGCCCCCCCCCAAACGCUUGGGGGGGCCCCCAGCGAAGUCAGCAGAGACAGACCAAACAAAGCAGCCAGAGGGGCCCCCAAAGAAGGCACUUGAGGGGCCCCCAAAGGAGACACUUGAGGGGCCCCCAAAGGAGACACCUGAGGGGCCCCCAAAGAAGGCCCUCGAGGGGCCCAAACCCGCAGAAGGGCCCCCAAAGAAAACACCAGAGGGGCCCCCGACAACCCUACCCAAGCAAACCACAAAAAUGAAGUCCGAGGGGCCCCCAAAGAAACCACCAGAGGGGCCCCCAAAGAAGUCAUCAGAGGGGCCCCCAAAGAACUCAUCAGAGGGGCCCGCAGCGAAGCCAUCAGAGGGGCCCCCAAAGGGUUCACUAGGGGGGCCCCCGAGUAAGCCGCCAGCGGGGCCCCCAAAGAAGUCAUCAGAGGGGCCCCCAGAGAAGUCAUCAGAGGGGCCCCCAGAGAAGUCAUCAGAGGGGCCCCCAAAGAAAACACCAGAGGGGCCCCCAAAGGGUUCACUAGGGGGGCCCCCAAAGAAGUCAUCAGAGGGGCCCCCAAAGAAGUCAUCAGAGGGGCCCCCAGAGAAGUCAUCAGAGGGGCCCCCAAAGAAGUCAUUAGAGGGGCCCCCAGAAGUACCAUCAACAAAGGGGCCCCCAAGAAACUCCCCAGAUAUACCCACAGCAGAGGAGUCGAAGGGGCCCCCAAAGAAGGUGUCAGAGGGCCCCCCAAAGAAGCUACCAGGGGGCCCCCCGGGAGGACCUAGUUCGGGCCCCCCAGAAAUGAAAGACGGGGGCCCCCAAGGGCCCCCCAAAGGGGGCCCACAAGGGCCCCCCAAAGGGGGCCCACAAGGGCCCCCCAAAGGGGGCCCCCCUCCCCAGCCAGCACGCAAGGCAGCAGAAGUUAGUGCUGCUACUGCUGCAGCUGCAGCAGCAAAAGCCUCUGCUGCUGACGAUGGAGAGCAACGAAAGGCCCCUCCUGGGGCCCCCCAGUCAGAGCUGAACCCUCUCCCAGUUGCUAAGGGGCCCCCCAAGGGGGCAGGGGGCCCCCUAGGGCCCUCGAAAGGAGCCCCUAAGGAGAACGAAGGGGGCCCCCGGAAACAUGUGGGGGCCCCCGAGGCAGCAGGCGAUAAAGAUUUGCUGACAACAGAGACAGCAGCAACAACACGAGGAUCGCCUAAGAGCCCCAAACCAUCAACCCCAGGGGCAGCAAGCCGUCUCAUUGACUCUGCUGCUGGCCCCCUCCCCAGCCAGCACGCAAGGCAGCAGAAGUUAGUGCUGCUACUGCUGCAGCUGCAGCAGCAAAGGCCUCUGCUGCUGACGAUGGAGAGCAACGAAAGGCCCCUCCUGGGGCCCCCCAGGCAGAGCUGA